AUGAGCAGAAACACACUCUCCACCAACCAAGAGCUGCGCGCAGGAGACUUCCUGAUCUCCAACAACAGAGAAUUCAAAGCUAUCUUCCAGGAUGAUGGGAACUUUGUGGUUUACGGCUGGAAGCCGCUCUGGGCUUCUAAUACUGCUGGAAAAGCAGGAAAGUUCCUGAUAAUGCAGGAAGACGCGAACCUGGUCAUCUACAACGAUGCGAGCAAACCAAUAUGGGCCAGUAACACCUGCCAGAAUGAACUACACAGGACAACCCAGUUGACCAUCAACGAUGAUGGCAGGCUGACCGUCUGGAGGGAUCUCUCAGUGUUUUGGAGUUCUAAGUAAAUUUAAAGUUAAAAUGAUCAGUGACGUCUUUAUUUGCUAAUAAUUUAGUUCAAUGAGAUAAUUCUGUUUGUCCAUAUUCACUUCUCAUAAAAGAAAUAUACGUAUAAAAUCACAUACAGAAUAAACAACUAAUGGGCAUAUUAUUAUAUGUGGCUUUAGGAGUAGGUGAUGUCUGAAUGUAACUUUAGUUAUACAGGGUUGUUUGUGAAUGCAUGUUAUGUUGACAAAAUCCGGUCAAAGAAAGUAAAACUCUGCUCACUGAAAUACUUGUAACUGACAAAAGUAAAAAUAAAUAAAGAAAAUUACU